UCAAAAAAUUACACGGGACCAUAUCUAAUUGUAAUAGUUUAUCAAACAGAGUUCGAAAAAAAGCAUUGCAUUGCUUUAAAUGUCACGUAGAAUUCACCCAAACGACGAGAUCUUUCACAUAUGACUGAAGCAAAAACACCGAGAUCCAAGCUAAUUGCUCCAUCGAAACGGAAUUGCAGAAAUUAAUUGUUACAGACACGGCCACAAUGACAUUAAAAGUGACUAAGCUGGCUUUGGCCAGUCGCCUCAUCGUACUUACAGUCCAGCUGCUGGCCAAUUGGAUGGUACCAGAUCAUAAGCCAGAUGUCUUUCGUAUGCCUCGGGGAAAUGGAGACGGUUGGAGCAAUGCUUCUGCCACACCGGCAUUUCCCUGGCUGGACAAGUUAAUAGAGCAUUGCCUGGGUGGAUUAAGGCACUGGGAUGGUGAAUAUUUUCUACACAUUGCGAAUAAUUUGUAUUCAUAUGAGAAUACGCUGGCGUUUUAUCCACUUUAUCCGGUGCUAGUGCGUCACGUGGCACAAGCAUGCCUUCAUUUAGGCGUUCCCCUCUCACAAGAGAGUCUUACAUUGCUAAUUGCUGUGAUCCUGAACCUCUGGCUGUUCUGUGAAUCGGCGAAUCUGCUGUAUCAGCUAACCCAAAAGAUAUUCGGUGAUUCCAACAAGAGUUGGUAUGCCGCACUCAUAUAUUGCUUCAAUCCGGCCACAAUUUUCUUCAGUGCUACUUACUCGGAGCCUCUGUUCGCCUAUGCCAGCUUCUAUUUAAUGCUGGAGUGUGUCAGAUCUCGAAGCGGAAAGGGAUUCCGUUUGCCUAGAUUGGGUCUGGCCUUAACAGCUUGCUUGCUGUGCCGUUCGAAUGGCUUACUGACCCUGGGAUUCCCCAUUUAUUUCUUCGCACGCCAUUUGAUACUGUCGCUCGGUUCUAGUCACUACUGGCAGGUGAUAAGAAUGACUCUGACUGUGGUGUUGGCCCUAGCUAUUCUACACACGUAUUACUUCUACAUUUACCGCCUGUAUUGCCUACCUUCUGUCACGGUGGAGCAUCCUCAACACAUUCUGGACUACGCACGCGAACGGAACUAUCUAACAUCUGGCCAAGGAUCGGCAGGUUCACCGUGGUGCGCUUACACCCUACCUUUUCCAUACACGUAUGUGCAAUCUCAUUAUUGGGAUGUGGGCUUUCUUCGCUAUUACCAAUGGAAGCAGUUGCCCAAUUUCCUACUAGCUCUGCCCAUGCUGAUAUUCAUGCAUUGGCACUGCUUUGAUUACCUGCGGGACAUCGUGGCUCGCAUUUUGCCAAAACUGAAUCCAAACACUUAUCGGGAUUUCAUCAAAGAUCAUUUAACGUUGCCAUUCGUCCUUCAUGCGAUCUUCUUGACUGUCAUCUGCACUCUGUAUAUCCACAUUCAAGUUACCACCCGGCUUUUGGCAUCAGCCACACCCAUUUUCUAUUGGUUCGCGGCCGAUCACAUGCCCAAGACAUUAGCGCAGCUGUCCAUGCGUUCCAAGGCAGGAGCAUUACUUAUCUGGUGCAUGGGCUAUGGUCUGAUAGGAACCGUUCUGUUUAGCAAUAAUUAUCCCUGGACAUAGUAGAAUUGUGUGAAAACGGGAUGAAAGCUGCCAUAGAGACUGGACAUCCGCAAGGAAGACUUUAAUUUUGUAGAAUGUAAAUAUUUUUAUAACACUUUGACACCACCAAAACAACAAA